AUGGCAAUGAAGUCAGCAGUGCUUCGCUUUGAGGGCAAGCCAGAAGAGCUGGUGCUGAUCGAGCUGCAGAGCACGGCUUACAUGGAGGAUGGUUCGAAGGUCACCGACCAGGAGCUCGGAACGCUGGAGCUGAAAGGAGGCAGCGUGGUUCUCACGAACGGCCCUCGCAGCCUCUAUGGAUCCCUGCAAGAGCUCAAGAGCCCGCUGGUGCUUAUGGAGCGGACCGGCCAGGAGGAGCAGCUCGCUGGCGAGGCUCGAGCUGCUCUGCUUCGUGCGCGCGGAGUGAUCCGCCGCAAGGUGGUCUUCAACCAGCGACCACAGCUCUCCGUCUAA